AGCCCCAGCGCCCUUCCACUCCAUUCAUAACAGGGCCUGGCAUCCAAAUAAGGAGAAAGAGGCCGCCGGGCGUAGUGGCGCUUGUAGAGUAGACCUAUAAAUUGGGUUCUGCCCUCACCACACCACACCACCGCUGCUCAUUCAGAGGAACAGGAUACUCGGUACUUAUUUGAAACCCAGCUGACAUCAUGUGUGACGACGACGAGACUACCGCCCUUGUGUGCGACAACGGCUCGGGUCUGGUGAAGGCUGGCUUUGCCGGAGAUGACGCACCUCGCGCAGUGUUCCCCUCCAUCGUUGGUCGCCCCCGUCAUCAGGGUGUGAUGGUAGGCAUGGGACAGAAGGACUCCUAUGUGGGAGACGAGGCCCAGAGCAAGAGAGGUAUCCUGACCCUCAAGUACCCCAUCGAGCAUGGCAUCAUUACCAACUGGGACGACAUGGAGAAGAUCUGGCAUCACACCUUCUACAACGAGCUGCGUGUGGCCCCUGAGGAGCACCCCACCCUGCUCACUGAGGCCCCCCUCAACCCCAAGGCCAACAGGGAGAAGAUGACCCAGAUCAUGUUUGAGACCUUCAACGUCCCCGCCAUGUACGUGGCCAUCCAGGCCGUGCUAUCUCUCUACGCCUCCGGUCGUACCACCGGUAUUGUUCUGGACUCUGGUGAUGGUGUGACCCACAACGUGCCCAUCUAUGAGGGUUAUGCUCUGCCCCACGCCAUCAUGCGUCUGGAUCUGGCGGGUCGCGACCUCACUGACUACCUGAUGAAGAUCCUGACAGAGCGUGGCUACUCCUUCGUUACCACUGCCGAGCGUGAGAUCGUGCGUGACAUCAAGGAGAAGCUGUGCUACGUGGCCCUGGACUUUGAGAAUGAGAUGGCCACCGCUGCCUCCUCCUCCUCUCUGGAGAAGAGCUAUGAGCUGCCUGACGGUCAGGUCAUCACCAUCGGCAACGAGCGCUUCCGCUGCCCUGAGACCCUCUUCCAGCCUUCCUUCAUCGGCAUGGAGUCUGCUGGUAUUCAUGAGACCACCUAUAACAGCAUCAUGAAGUGCGACAUUGAUAUCCGUAAGGACUUGUACGCCAACAACGUCCUGUCAGGAGGUACCACCAUGUACCCUGGUAUUGCUGACCGUAUGCAGAAGGAGAUCACCGCCCUGGCCCCCAGCACUAUGAAGAUCAAGAUCAUCGCUCCCCCCGAGCGUAAGUACUCGGUCUGGAUCGGCGGCUCCAUCCUGGCCUCUCUCUCCACCUUCCAGCAGAUGUGGAUCAGUAAGCAGGAGUACGACGAGGCAGGCCCCUCCAUCGUCCACAGGAAGUGCUUCUAAGCUCCCACUUGCCCAUCGCUCCCCCCAGAGACAGUCAGACGACCACGGAUCUGUUUACAUUACCUCCGCCUAUGGAUAUGUUGUUUAUGACCCAUAUGCAAGUUACAAAUCCAGACAGGCCUCUGUUUUAUGUUUUGUCAAUGAUGUACAGUUUGUUUACACCCAAGUGCAAUAUGUAGAUAUUUAUUUGCUUUAUAAAAAGACUGGGAUCUUGUAUAAUA